AUUUGAAGUGUCUAUUACAUUUGAACACAGUUGCGUCUAAAUUGAAAAUAUGAAGGUAUUCGUGUUGGGUAUUAUGACUGUUUUGGCAGUUGUUGCUGCAACAUCAACUGAGAAUCAAAAUAUUGUAUGUUAUGUUGGAACAUGGGCCACUUAUCGUACUGGAAAUGGGAAAUACGAUGUUGAUCAUAUAAAUCCAAAUUUAUGUACACAUUUAAUGUAUUCCUUCUUUGGAAUAAAUGACAAAGGUGAAUUUAGAGUUAUUGAUGCAUAUUUGGAUCUUGAAGAAAACUAUGGCCGAGGAAAUAUAAAAAAAUUUAAUAAUUUGAAGAAAAUAAAUCCGAAUCUUAAAACUAUAGCUGCCGUUGGUGGAUGGAAUGAAGGUUCAAUUAAAUUUUCAGAAGCCGCUAAAGAUCCGGUUAAGAGACGCCGUUUUAUUGAUACCUCAAUUGAAUUUGUUUUAAAACAUAAUUUCGAUGGUAUUGAUAUGGAUUGGGAAUAUCCAGCUCAAAGAGGUGGUGAUGUUGCGGUAGAUAAAGCUAAUUUCGUUAUUUGGAUGAAAGAAUUUAAAGAAGAAUUGGAAAAACAUGGUCUACUUUUAACAACAGCUGUAGCUGCCGCUGAAUUCUCUGCUAGUCAAUCUUAUGAUAUCCCAAAUAUUUCCAAAUAUUUUGACUUAAUUAAUAUUAUGGCUUAUGAUUUACAUGGCACAUGGGAUCAAACUACUGGUAUUAACGCACCGCUAUACGAAGGUCCAAAUGAUGUUACUGAAAUUCAAAAACAAUUAAAUGUAGAUAGCUGUGUUCAAUAUUGGUUAAAACAAGGAGCUCCUCCACAUAAAAUCGUAUUGGGUGUUCCAUUAUAUGGACGUACAUUCACACUUUCAAAUACAAAUGAAAAUAAACCAGGUGCUCCUUUUAAUGGCCCAGGUUUAGCAGGUCCAUACACUAAACAAGGAGGCUUCUUAGGCUACAACGAAAUUUGCGAAAACUUCAAAGCAGAACAAUGGACACAAGUAUGGGAAACAGCACAACAAGUACCUUAUGCAUUUAACGGUAAUCAAUGGGUUGGCUAUGAUAAUGUAGAAAGUAUAGAAUUGAAAGCUCAAUACGCGAAGAAACAUAACUUAGGAGGAGUAAUGGUUUGGUCCCUAGAAACAGACGAUUUUAAUGGAAUUUGUGGCGAAACUUAUCCGCUUAUGAAAGCUAUUAAUAAAGUGAUAAGAGGAAGUAUUCCUCCUGAACCAUCAACCACAACAUCCGGGCCAACUUCGCCACCUCUUCCUGAAUUCAAAUGUCCUGGAAGCGGUACUUUCCGCGACCCAUAUGAUUGUGCUGCAUUCUAUAUCUGUGAAAAUAGCUCAAAGCAUAGUUUUAGAUGUCCUGAUGAAUUAUGGUUCGAUACAAAAACCAAAACUUGUAAUUUUAAAAAUUUAGUUGAUUGUGAACCACUUCCACCGCCAUAUUAA